GGAAGCGGCGCGCACGGGGCGGCAGCGGCGGGACAUGGAUGCCAUGGAGCCCGAGGAGGAGAUGCCCGAACUGUCCGACGGCGAGGGCGCCUGGGACGACGAGCAGGAGGAGGAGGAGGAGGAAGGCGCUGCCGUGGCCCAGCAGACCCGCUGCCUCUUCUGUGCCAGGUUGUUUAGUUCUGCUGAAGCUGUGUUCUCCCACUGCAAAACAGAGCAUCAGUUUGAUGUUAGUGAUGUGAUCCAGAAACAUGGACUCGAUUUUUAUGGAUACAUUAAACUAAUAAACUUUGCCAGGUUAAAGAAACCAACUGCAGCAUAUUUGAGUUCUCUCAGCAGCCCACUGCCUUGGGAAGGAGAGGAAUAUUUGAAACCAGAACUUGAAGAUGAUCUCCUUCUUCAGUUUGACAUAGAAGAUCUUUGUGAGCCUGUGAAAGUUUUGCCUUCUAAUGGCUUAAGUGACACCAUGGUGCUCCUGGAACAGUUAAAGCAUGCAGAACAGAGAGCCAGAGCUGCAGAAGCAGCCUUGGCUAGGGCACAGGAUGAUCUUCAGAAGAUGAAGCAGUUUGCUCAGGACUUUGUGAUGAGCGCGGAUGUCAGGAGCGGCCCGCCGUGCGGCGCCAUCGCAGAGCUGCGGGAGGAUGAGGAUGGCGUUUACUUCAGCUCCUACGGGCACUACAGCAUACACGAGGAGAUGCUGAAGGAUAAAGUGCGUACGGAGAGCUACCGGGACUUCAUCUACCAAAACCCACACAUCUUCAAGGACAAGGUGGUUUUGGAUGUUGGCUGUGGAACUGGAAUUCUCUCCAUGUUUGCUGCCAGAGCGGGUGCCAAGAAAGUGAUUGGAGUUGACCAAUCUGAAAUCAUCUAUCAGGCCAUGGACAUCAUUAGAUUAAAUAAACUUGAAAAGAUUAUUACAUUAGUCAAAGGAAGAAUCGAGGAAGUUGAUCUGCCUUUGGAAAAAGUGGAUGUAAUUAUAUCUGAGUGGAUGGGUUAUUUCCUUCUCUUUGAGUCAAUGCUGGAUUCUGUCAUCUAUGCCAAGGACAAGUACCUGGCAGAGGGAGGCUCAGUUUAUCCUGACUUGUGCACCAUCAGUCUGGUGGCUGUUGGGGAUAUGAAUAAACACGUGGACAAGCUGCUUUUCUGGGAAGAUGUGUAUGGCUUUGACAUGUCUUGUAUGAAGAAAGCUGUCAUUCCAGAAGCUGUUGUGGAGGUGCUGGAUCCAAACACACUGAUAUCUACAGCCAGUGUCAUUAAGCAUAUUGACUGCAAUACUGCAUCCACUCCAGACCUGGAAUUCUCUUCAGAUUUCACCCUGAGCAUUACAAUGAGCACACAGUGUACGGCAAUUGCUGGUUACUUUGAUGUAUUUUUUGAGAAGAACUGCCAUAACAAGGUCUUAUUUUCAACGGGUCCCCAGUGUACCAAAACACACUGGAAACAGACAAUUUUUCUCCUGGAGAAGCCAAUUCCUGUAGAAGCAGGAGAGGCCCUGAGAGGGAAGGUGACGGUGCGCAAGAACAGGAGGGACCCGCGCUCACUCUGCAUCAGCCUCUGCGUGAGGGACACCCAGCACACCUACAGCCUCCAGUGACCCUGGCCAUGCCUCGAUAACUCUGCUGGAAUACCCAAAAAUAGUGAACUCCUGUGCUUGUGUGUGUGUGCGCACACGGGAGUAUGGAAAAGUUACCUGCAGCUGAGGUUUACAACAAAAUGAGAUCCUGCUGCUUCACGUGGUGGGAGGAAAGCAAGAAAGAUGGGUUUGGGUUACCUGAGACUGCUAGGUGAGGAAAAAUGAGCCUCAAGUCUUGCUGUAAGGAGCAAUAAAUAUGGUCUCUCAAAAAUGUUUUAUUCUUCCACUGGCAAAAUCCUUGUAUAGUGUUUUUUUGUGAAAGAAGCAGCUUAGUCAUGUGUGAGUGCACCUCAACAGCAGCUGGAAAAUCCCAAUGGGAAUAAUUUUUGAAUUCCAGCUGCAAGAUUGGGGCAACAAAGACGGUAUUUUUACUACACUUCUGCAGUUUAAAAGUUGUACACAUUUCAGUUACAUUUGUCUAAAUAAAUGAACCCAGUGUGAUAUAUAAUGCA